AUGGCGGCCAAGUUCGCCGACUGGGGCCGCCUCUUUCCUUUGCGCCUUCGACCUUCUCCUCGGGCCUGGUUAUCUGGAGGAGGAGAUGAGUACGGCGGUGAUUAUCAGCUCCUCCGGCAGCGCCGGCCGAAGCCUCCUCCCAAGGGGCACCUCGUGGUGUACGUCCCCCGAGACGGCGGCGAGCGGCCGCACCGCGCGGUGGUGCCAGUGGUCUACUUCAACCACCCGCUGUUCGGGGAGCUGCUGCGGAAGGUGGAGACAGAAUUCGGGUUCCAACAGUCCGGGGGGAUCACCAUCCCCUGCCCGGUCUCCGACUUCGAGAGCAUCUGCACCGCCGUGGCCGCCGAAGUUGGCCGCCGCAGGAGCGGCAGCUCCGCCGCCAGGUUGCCGCGGCAGCUGCUCUCCCUCACCGGACGCCGCCCGAUCGUCCAACAGACCUGCGAUUAUAUUUGA